GCGCCAUUUUGGUGUGGGGCAGGUGGUGGCUGCGCGGAUUUGUAGGUAACUAAGCCAGUUGUUUGCACGAACAAAACGCCAACGGUCGAAACGGUGUUUUUGCUAAAACGAUAAAGUCAGCAGCCUCUUCUAUCUCCUCAGCAUGGUCCGCUGACGCCGCCCGGGGAACAAACCCGGCUCAGGCGCGGCGGCGCCAUGGCGGGGAACAGCCUGGUGCUGCCCAUCGUGCUGUGGGGCCGCCGCGCGCCCACCCACUGCAUCUCCUCCCUGCUGCUCAUGGACCAGCCGCCCGUCAUCGUCACCGGCUGCCACGACGGCCAGAUCUGCCUCUGGGACCUCUCGCUGCACCUGGAGAUUAAUCCCAGAGCUCUGUUGUUCGGGCACACCGCCUCCAUCACGUGUCUGUCCAAGGCCUCGGCUUCCAGCGACAAGCAGUACCUGGUCAGCGCCUCGGAGAGCGGGGAGAUGUGUCUGUGGGACGUGAAUGACGGGAGGUGCAUAGAGUUCACCAAGCUGGCCUGUACCCACACGGGCAUCCAGUUCUAUGAGUUUACCGUUGGGACUCAGCGCGAGGGGAGACUGUUGUGCCACGGGCAUUAUCCGGAAAUUCUGGUUGUGGAUGCCACCAGCCUUGAAGUUCUCUACUCUUUGUUAUCAAAGAUAUCUCCCGACUGGAUCAGCUCCAUGACUAUCAUUCGAUCCGAUAGAACACAAGAGGACACGGUUGUGGCGGUUUCGGUGACUGGCAUCCUCAAAGUGUGGAUCAUCACCUCCGAAGUUAGUCGCAUGCAGGAUACAACACCGGUAUUUGAAGAGGAGUCCAAACCGAUCUAUUGCCAGAACUGCCAGAGCGUUUCCCUGUGCGCGUUCACGCAGCGCUCGCUGCUCGUGGUGUGCUCCAAGUACUGGCGGGUUUUUGAUGCGGGAGAUUAUUCCCUCUUGUGUUCCGUCCCGAGCGAAAACGAUCAGACCUGGACUGGUGGCGACUUUGUGUCAGCUGAUAAAGUGAUUGUAUGGACUGAAGAUGGACAAAGCUUCAUAUAUAAAUUACCAGCCAGCUGCCUGCCAGCCAGCGAUUCAUUUCGCAGAGACGUGGGGAAAGCAGUAGAAAGUGCAAUUCCGCCGUUACUGUACAGCGUGUUGGACAGAGCAGAUAAACAGCUACUGAUUUGUCCUCCAGUGACUCGGUUCUUCUGUGGCCAUGGGCAGUUUUCCUACAAGCUGUUGGUGCAGGGCGACUCCUCGGGCAGGCUGUGCAUUUGGAGCGUGCCCGAGGCGCUGGACCAGCCGGGCAGCGCGACAGGACUGCCAACAACGACCUCAGUGUCCCUCCAGGAAGCCUUUGAUAGACUCAGUCCUCGGCCUGCGGGGAUAAUCGACCAGCUGAGCGUGGUGCCGAGCGCGAGCGAGCCGCUGCGGGUGACGGCCAGCGUGUACAUCCCCGCGCACGGGCGCCUGGUGUGUGGCCGCGAGGACGGCAGCAUCGUCAUCGUGCCCGCCACGCAGACGGCCAUCGUGCAGCUGCUGCAAGGGGAGCACAUGCUCAGGAGAGGUUGGCCACCUCACCGGACCCUCCGCGGCCAUCGAAACAAAAUUACAUGUUUACUGUAUCCUCAUCAGGUUUCCUCUCGUUAUGAUCAAAGGUAUUUGAUCUCAGGUGGUGUGGAUUUCUCAGUCAUCAUAUGGGAUAUAUUUUCUGGCGAGAUGAAACAUAUCUUCUGUGUGCAUGGUGGAGAAAUUACACAGCUUCUAGUUCCGCCAGAAAACUGUAGUGCGAGAGUCCAGCACUGCAUCUGCUCUGUCGCCAGCGAUCACUCGGUAGGACUCCUCAGCCUGCGGGAGAAGAAAUGCAUCAUGCUGGCGUCCCGCCACCUUUUCCCCAUCCAGGUGAUCAAGUGGAGACCUUCUGACGACUACCUGGUGGUGGGCUGUUCCGAUGGGUCCGUGUACGUCUGGCAGAUGGACACUGGAGCGCUGGACAGGUGCGUGAUGGGGAUCACGGCGGUGGAGAUCCUGAACGCCUGCGACGAGGCGGUGCCGGCGGCCGUGGACGCGCUGAGCCACCCCGCCGUCAACCUGAAGCAGGCCAUGACCCGCCGCAGCCUGGCCGCGCUCAAGAACGUGGCGCACCAGAAGCUGCAGACGCUGGCCACCAACCUGCUCGCCUCCGAGGCCUCCGACAAGGGGAAUUUACCUAAAUACUCCCAUAACUCCCUGAUGGUCCAAGCUAUAAAGACCAACCUAACGGACCCAGAUAUCCACGUGCUGUUCUUCGACGUGGAAGCCCUGAUCAUCCAGCUGCUGACCGAGGAGGCCUCCAGACCCAACACGGCGCUCACCGCUCCGGAGAGCCUGCAGAAGGCUGCCGGAGCAUCCGACAAAGGAGGCUCCUUCCUGGCCGGCAAGCGAGCAGCCGUCCUCUUCCAGCAGGUCAAGGAAACCAUCAAAGAGAACAUAAAAGAGCAUCUUCUUGAUGAUGAAGAUGAGGAUGAAGAGUCGAUAAGACAGAGGAGAGAAGACGGUGACCCAGAAUAUCGCUCCAGCAAAUCUAAACCGUUAACUUUAUUAGAGUAUAACCUGACCAUGGAUACAGCGAAGCUUUUUAUGUCCUGCCUUCAUGCCUGGGGCCUCAAUUCUGUUCUGGAUGAGCUUUGCCUCGAUCGCCUCGGCAUGCUGAAGCCGCACUGCUCGGUGUCCUUCGGGCUCCUGUCCCGGGGAGGCCACAUGUCCCUGAUGCUCCCGGGCUACAACCAGCCCGUGGGGCAGCCCUCGUGCGGGGCGGAGGGGGCCCGCAAGGCGUCCCUCACCGAGGGGCUGGGCAAGGGCACGUACGGCGUGUCGCGCGCCGUCACCACCCAGCACCUGCUCUCCGUCAUCUCGCUGGCCAACACGCUGAUGAGCAUGACCAACGCCACCUUCAUCGGGGACCACAUGAAGAAAGGGCCCAGCAGGCCCCCUAGGCCAGGCACCCCCGAGAUGUCCAAAGCGAAGCCACCCCCUUCCGCUUCCAGUCAUGCGGCCCAAGGACAAAUUAAGCAAGUCGCUCCUGCUGUUCCCUCCAGCACUGAAGCUGGGCCCUCUGGCUCUGACACUGCUCCUCCUUUACAUACCUGUUUCUUAGUCAAUGAAGGCUGGAGCCAGCUGGCCGCCAUGCACUGCGUGAUGCUGCCCGACCUGCUGGGCCUCGACAAGUUCCGCCCGCCGCUGCUGGAGAUGCUGGCGCGCCGCUGGCAGGACCGCUGCCUCGAGGUGCGGGAGGCGGCGCAGGCCUUGCUGCUGGCCGAGCUGCGGCGCAUCGAGCAGGCGGGGCGCAAGGAAACCAUCGACGCCUGGGCUCCUUACUUACCGCAGUACAUCGACAGCGUUAUAUCGCCGGGGGUGCCCACGGAGGCCGUGCAGCCCGGGAGCGCCAGCCCGGACACGCUGGGCGCCGAGGCCAAGGCGCAGGAGGAGGAGCACGACCUGGCCGACGACGACAUCGCCGCAGGUUGUCUGUCCGGCCUCCCCCAAAUGAAGAAGAUGUCGACGUCGUACGAGGAGCGGCGGAAGCAGGCGACGGCCAUCGUCCUGCUGGGCGUGAUCGGCGCCGAGUUCGGGGCCGAGAUCGAGCCGCCGAAACUGCUCACGCGGCCGCGGAGCUCCAGCCAGAUUCCCGAGGGCUUCGGUCUGACCAGCGGCGGGUCCAAUUACUCCCUGGCGAGGCACACGUGCAAGGCGCUGACGUUCCUGCUGCUGCAGCCGCCCAGCGCCAAGCUGCCGGCGCACAGCACGGUGCGCAGGACCGCCAUCGACCUCAUCGGCCGCGGCUUCACCGUCUGGGAGCCCUACAUGGACGUGUCGGCCGUGCUCAUGGGGCUGCUGGAGCUCUGCGCCGACGCCGAGAAGCAGCUGGCCAACAUCACAAUGGGGCUGCCCCUGAGCCCGGCAGCCGACUCGGCGCGCUCGGCGCGGCACGCGCUGUCGCUCAUCGCCACGGCCCGCCCGCCCGCCUUCAUCACCACCAUCGCCAAGGAGGUGCACAGACACACGGCCCUGGCCGCCAACACGCAGUCCCAGCAGAACAUCCACACCACCACCCUGGCCCGGGCGAAAGGGGAGAUCCUCAGAGUCAUCGAGAUCCUCAUCGAGAAGAUGCCGACCGACGUGGUGGACCUGCUGGUGGAGGUGAUGGACAUCAUCAUGUAUUGCCUGGAAGGGUCUUUGGUUAAGAAGAAGGGUCUUCAGGAAUGCUUUCCAGCCAUCUGCAGGUUCUACAUGGUGAGCUACUACGAGCGCAGCCACCGGAUCGCAGUGGGAGCGCGGCACGGCUCCGUGGCGGUCUACGACAUCCGCACCGGCAAGUGCCAGACCAUCCACGGGCACAAGGGCCCCAUCACGGCCGUGGCGUUCGCCCCCGACGGCCGCUACCUCGCCACCUACUCCAACUCCGACAGCCACCUCUGCUUCUGGCAGAUGAACACGUCUCUCCUGGGGAGCAUCGGCAUGCUCAACUCCGCGCCCCAGCUCCGCUGCAUCAAGACCUACCAGGUGCCGCCGGUGCAGCCGGCCUCGCCGGGCUCCCACAACGCACUGCGCCUGGCGCGGCUCAUCUGGACCUCCAACCGCAACGUCAUCCUCAUGGCGCACGACGGCAAGGAGCACCGCUUCAUGGUCUAGGGGAACCCCCUCAUCAUCCUCAUGGCGCACGACGGCAAGGAGCACCGCUUCAUGGUCUAGGGGAACCCCCUCAUCAUCCUCAUGGCGCACGACGGCAAGGAGCACCGCUUCAUGGUCUAGGGGAACCCCUCGUCAUCCUCAUGGCGCACAACAACAAGGAGCACCACUUCAUGGUCUAGGGGAACCCUUGCUGCUGUGGCGCUCCUCACCAUGCCUGCGCUGACACCGGUGGUUCCCUUGCGGCGGGAGGAUGGGGAUGGCGCUGGGGACAGCUCCUGCGUGGCACGGAGCAGCAGGACUGGUGUCACCGUGGCAGCAUCCUCGGGAUCACCCUGGCUGUGCCAGCGGCCGAAUCCAGCCCCUCGCUGGAUGUGGGUUCUGCCGCUGCCCUCCUAACCACACAUUUCCUUGGACUCGCAGAAUCUCAGUGUUUACCAAAAAGCUGGUGUUUACAUGUACUGUCUGCAGUGAGCGCUGAAGGAGGUGGGGCCGUGGAGCCCCGGGGUGCGCGGGGGGCUCCGUGCCGGGGGGUUCUCACCCAAAGCCUCGGUUUCUGAGGACAGGAAGCGCUGCUGUGCCCAGUCACUGUUUGCUGUUGUCUGCAAGAAACAGUCCACGUGUACAUAACACAAAAUCUCUUUAAGGUGGAAUAGCAAACUUGAAAAAAGGAGUAUUUAUAUAUAAGGGUGUUUUUCUUUACCAAUGCAGGUAUUUAUUUAAAAAAAGAAAAAGAAGAUAAAAAGCGUUUUCUUCCUAAAGCCGCCGCCGUUUGUGCCGGGCCGUGCGGGGCGGCGAGACGCCGCACCCGCGGUGGCACCGCCGCGCUGGCCUGGCGGGGACCGGGGCAGGCGGCACAGACGGCAGCGGUGGGAGCCGUUCUGGCUGGAAGAGCGGCGAGGGGUAAGUUAUUGGAGUGGAUGUAUUGGUACGUGUCCUUCCUGUGCAACGGUAGCUGUGACUGUGUUUCCCUCUUCUUACAUAUCUAAUUCUGUGAAAUAUUUAAUAGUGUGCAAGUGUGCUGCUUUAUGCUCACAGGAAAGAAAAAAAUCUAUAAAAUACUAUUUUAUUUAAACAUAUUGAUGUAUAUGUUUGUAUAGCUUUUUCUUUGCUGUUUUUGUCUGAAAAGCUCACCGAGGGCGGCUGUCUUUGCAUAAUAGAGUGAAAAUGGUACUUGUAGAAUCUUCCCUUCCCCAAAAAGGAAUAAAUGAAUUUUAAAAAUGGCUUCUAAAUAUAAAGAACAUGGAUUUUUUUAGGUGUCUGUGUAGUACACUGUACAUGGAGGUGAGAUUGACAGUCUGGAAGAUACAUAUCUGCUUGCUGUUUAAAAAUAAUAAAUCUAUAUAUAUAAAAAGCAAGAAAUUAAGACCAUUAGGAAUGUUUAACACAAACUGCCGUCAAGUUUAAUCUCUUCUCCGGCGGGAAUGUAGUGUCUGGUGGAGAGCUCUGUAGUAGAGUAUCAGGGUCUUUUCUAAGUGAACUAACGCAACGUGCAUGUCCAUUGUGUUUAUACAGAUGUAUAUGUAACCCUGCAGAUUAAAAACAAAUUAAAAAGAA